AUGAGAAUAGGAGCAAUUCCAGUGGUAACUACAAAUGGAGAAUGGAAGAGAGAUUAUGAGAAUGUCUGUGAAGAAGGCAGAGGGACGGGAGAAGCGGAGGUCUGGGGGAGGAGAAGGAAGAAGAAGAAGAAGCGAAGAAGCGAAGCAGCAGGAAAAAUGGGCGAGCAGCUCAAUUGGUACUAG